CCAAAAAGAUUUGCUCCUAGAACUAGUUAAAAAGUUUCAACAUUUUGGAUUACUACAUUUUAUUCUAUAUUAUAAACCAACAUGGCUCUUUUAAAAAAUCUUAGUACAGCAUUAUAACCAGACUGGGAUAUACAUCUAAACUGUACGUUUACCAUACAAAUUAACUUCGGAAUCCUCUAAAAAGAACAGUAAUGGGGUUUAUGACAAGCCUGGCAGAGAGAAGUUCUUCAGAGGAAGGGAAAAGGUUCAAGAUAUGAACAGUGAUUCAGAGGAAGACAUUCUGGUGGAUGACUGGUUGACAUCCAAACAAGAUUUCCUGGACACAUCAGAUGAAGAGCUGAACGAUGACCUUUUGCGUAGCGAUGAUGAGAACGAAACUAUGAGCUCUUCUAAACCAAAACAUCAAGCAAUUGCACUGCCUCAUGUUGUGUGCGAGACAUCACACCCUGCUAAAGACCAAGCCAUAUGUCCUAAAGAAGAGCACACAGAGGUGGACCAUGGUGAAGUUUUAGACAUCGAAAUCAAUGCUCCUUCUGGAGAUGAAUUUCAAGAGCCUGGCGACUAUGGUGUCCAUCAGCAGGCUAGUGUAAAGGUGGAUGUUAAGGAUGAUGUUAAGUUGGUGUCCAGUUUACACAAGGAGUCAAAAAAGGGUGUGUCUGAGUUUCGAGCAGGUCUCUCUCUGCAACCCACUAGUCAUCAUCUCAUACCCUCCAGCAGGGGACAGCCUGACCCAGAAGAACCCCGCAUCAGACCCUGCCGCAGCCCUGAGCCGGCGUUCCCAGGACAGCAUAUGUUUGAUCAACAGCACUGUGCUUCAGUCUUGGACACUAAUCCGCUUCUCGCUGGACCUGCUCCCAUGGGCUCCAUUCAGCCUGGAGGAAAUGAGAGUGACCCCUGGAGGCCCAGUCCAGCUUUGCAGGAGCCCAGUGAUCUGUCAAAGCCUGGGACUCCCCACCGCGGGCACUGCUCUCUCCAGAAACAUCCAUCAGCUCCGUCCGGCUGCCGGUUUAACGCUCCCUCUGGACAGUCACAGGUAACACAGAAACCUGCUGUGCUGGUAAGAGCUGUUGCCAGGAUGGUGCAGAAUGCCAAGCCCAUGGCAGUUGCCAGGGGGAUGCCCAUUACUGCAAGGCAGCCAGCAUGUGCCAAGUCCACGAUAACUGCCAAAACUCCACCAGCGCCGGGGACGGUGGGAAGAAAUGUGGGUCAGAAGGUCAAGGUGGAGCCCCAAACUCCUCGGGCUACUCAAAAACAUCCCGCAAAGCCGCUAAACAUGACAAACGACAAAGAGCGUGAGGAGUAUAUUCUCUACAUGCAGAAGCUGGAGGAGCAGAUGCACCUGAGGAGACAGGUUAUCAAACACAAAGAGCGCAUGCGAUCUUUACGGGCCGCAAACAAGAGGCGUCUGCGACUGGAGCACUUCCAAACUGAUCUGUCCACUGCACACUGCUGGAACAACAACCAAAAUCAGCAGAAACCACCAUGUUUUCUCAGUUCUUACCCUACAAAUGCUAUGCCCCAGCAGCACUUCUAUAAUCCCCAUGACUGUCUCGUCCUGCAGUGCCAUCCACAAUUGCAUCCCCGGCCUCCACAACAGCAGAUGUACCAGAUUUUAGUACCCGCAUUUCAGCCGCCCUGUCAUCAAGCUCUAUCGGCUCAAGGGACUCCAGCAGAGGUGCAGUAUAAUCAGGCUUGUCAUUCGGGCACUGGCAGGGUGGUGUUACAGAAGAUGGAGCAGUUUGCAGAUCACAUGAGUCUACAGUACAGUAUAGAUGAGGCUCGUUUUGCUGGUCUGCAGGACGUUCAGCCAGGAAGGAAGAGAAUGAUAGAGCAGAGGAUAUCUGAUGGGCCCGUUCCUGCCAAAAGCAAAGUUGUUCAGUACUUUACCACAAGUUCUAGAAUUGGGAGUUCAAGCUCUGAUUUCAAACCAGCGAUGAGUGAAGAAGCAAAAUCGGUGACUGAAACGAAUCGCCGAACUGUCACCCUGAUUCAGGAAUCAUCUCCACUUUCAUUUCUGCAACACGGUCUCAAGCUGACCUGUCCAAUACAGAACAAGGUGGCCAUCAGUGGAAAUGAACACAGCGCUUUCAUACCCUUAGGUUCCGGCCUGAAAACACAGUCUGUUACUGCUCAAACCAGCUUCAUAGUAAGACUGAACCACUAAGGACAUCAAACCCAUAUUGUGUUCUUUGAGGUUUGUUGACGUUUCUGUUUGGGUUUGAGGUUUGUCUUUUUUUUGUGAUUGUUGAAGACUGUGGUUUAGUAGUCAUUGAUGAUUUAGUUCUUGGUUUCUAAUAAAUGCAUAAACUGAC